AUGGCCAAGGGUUUCACUUGGCAAGAGACUUCUCAGGAGGAGAAGGAAGCAUGCGUCGUGCGAUUGUUCCAGCGUUUCCCAGAUGUGCUUCUCCAUCUGGGCGAUCCACAGCUCGCGCAGCAGUUUGACCUUCCCAGCCUUCCGGCUCACGCAAGCGAGCGAAGCGCGGUGAAGCUGAAGCAGCAGUUGACUGAAGAUGUACUGACUGUCGAGCUGAGCCGAAGGCGCAAGCCAUGGACAAGCUCAAGCUAUUUAAGCCAUGGUGGCCAUGGUAGUGUCAAGCCCUCAUGGGCACAGGCAGACACUGCCCAGGAAGUGGCCCAGGCCUUGGAUGCCAUGACAGCUACUUUGACCUCCUUGGCACCAUCAAGAGCACAGGUGCUUCCGAUCUCGCAGUCUGCCCGAGAAGUACUUGCAUUGAACCAGAGUUUCACUGGAUCAAGUUUGGCGGCAGAAGUGCCCAAAGAAGCCAAACUCUCACACAGACAGACCUCGACACAUUUGACGCCUCCACGGCACGAACUUGCCGCCAAGAUCGAAGUCAAGAGCUCAUCCAGUUCACCCUCCUUCGGGCGACCUUCAGCCGUGAAGUGUUUCGCGAAGAAAUCUGCUAAGCCGCUGUAUAGGCAGCAAGAGUUUGAGGAGCAGGAAGAUGAGGUGUGGGUGCCUGGUCAGAGCUCUGAUGAGGAGUUGCUAGCCAGAUCCAGAUCAGCCCACGGCAUAAGCACCAGCUCCAGCAAGUCCAAGCGCGAUGCGUCUCCAACCGCCAGCGACAAGAGCUUCGAGAGCCCGUUCUUUCCUUUUUUGCGGGGGGCGGAGACGGGGACAACCGCAUCUCCAACAUCCAGCAACAGCAUCGACUUGAGGUCGCUGCGCUCGCCAGCUGCCCAGGCUGCCCGCCAGGCCUGGGCAGAUCAGGGCUUUCGAACGCCCAGCGACGGCGACCUUUUGAGGGGUUCGGGUGGCUCGGGUUCCCGAGGUUUGGGGGCCAGACGCGGUCUGGCCCUUCAACUGUCUUCCAAUUCCAAAACCUCUCGGUCCUCCAUGGUGCCCCCGCCUCUAGAUGACGAUGGGCGCAGCGGCACCCCGCCAUCGGCUUCCAGCAAAAUGACCAUGCGCAUAGCAGAGACCGAAGAGCCCGCUGUGCAGCUUCUGUUUCAAACGGAGCCAAAAAGGCGCCCUUCACGAUGCAACACGAUCCCAGCUGACAUGAUGCUUGCAAUUGGGCCACGCAUCCUUCAGGUAGCCAAGGUGCCACGGCCUUUACCAGCAGCAUUCCCCCAGCGGCGGAACAUCAUCUUCUUCGACUGGGAUGAUACUCUUUGCCCGACCAGUUGGAUCCGCAGUUUGCUGAAGGAACACCUUGCGGACAUGGAAGAAUGGCUUGACCAGGGCGAUGAUUGCCUCGAGACAGAAGAGGACUGGCGCGACAGUAUACCCAGCUGGUUCAAGCAACCGCUGCCAGACGAGCCACAUGUCCGCCAACUCAUUGCAGACCUGCAAAACGCCUGCAUCCGGACGAUACGCGUAGCUCAGUCGCUCGGAGUGGUAUGCAUUGUCACAAACGCAGUUCCGGGAUGGGUGGAGAAGACGAUUAAGAGAUGGUUGCCCAAGCUUCGUACUCACAUCGGUGUACAUUCGAUCCAUUCUCAACACCCGAUCAAAGUCAUCUACGCCCAGCAGGCCUACUGCGAUGCCAGUCUGAACCUUCCGUUUGUGGACGAGCAAGGGGAGUUCAUGCUGUGGAAGAGGGCAGCCAUGGCUGGUGCGUUGACUGAGCUGGACCACCUCUAUGGUCUCGAGGACAAGAGUGACACCAUGCAGAAUAUGCACAACAUGCACAACAUGCAUAACAUGAACAUGCGCUCGAUGUGCUCGAGCUCAGCAAGGCUGGUGAAUGUGAUUUCCAUCGGAGACACAGAAGCAGAGAUGAGUGCUGCAGAGCUCGCCAGCCAGGGCCUUCAUAGCAGGCACCCGAAACGCGGCCGCCUCUACCGACGGGCCUGCGGUUUGCAGGACUUGCCUGACAGCUUGCAGCCAGAUGCAAACCACGGCGACAAGGGUGACAAGCCUCAAAGUCGCACAUCUAGCAAAGACGGGAGCAAGGAUGAGAGCAAGGACGACGCCAGUGGCAGCAGCGGCAGUGAAAGCGGCAGCCCGCCAGGUGAGCGUGGUGAGCGUGAGCGCGUCUUCUUAGAAGGUGAGUUUGGGCCGGGCCGGAGCCGUUCCGUAGAAAGCUCGAAUCGCAGAGCCUUCGGGGCCUUUCGUCCCUGGGUGAAGUUGAUCAAGCUCUCCGAGGGCUGUCAAGCUCGGCGGUUGACAGCACAGCUGGAGGAGAUCGCCCAGCUCCUGCCCAAGAUGCUGGCUUUACGACGCCACGUCCGUGUAGACCUCACUGACCUCACUGAAGGCUCCGGAGGGGAAGCGGCCCUGAGGACUUUGGGCUGCACCGAAGAGGACCUUCAGCUGGAGCGACAUCUGUGUGUGGAAACUGUCUGA